UCCUCGAGUAAUAGCUCAAUAUCUUGAAACUAAAUUCCGCCAACGCCGGUAUCUCCUGCUCGAUGGGAGUUAAUACGUAACACAACGAUACUUAUGACUCAAUCAUUGGCGGUAGAAUAUUCAGGGGAAGGGCUGUUGCCGGGGUUUGUCUGCUCGCGUGAAAUUCCGAUACGUUUGUGAGUUUACUAAUAGGUACGUGAGGUGAGUACCUUCCUAGGUAGGUCGGAAACAGCUGUUAUGUGCCCAUGCAUAACUUUAUCUAUAACUUAAUAUAAAGCUUCUCUCGUACCCUCCUGCGUUGAAGUAGGCAUCGCAAGUUCAUAUGCCAAGAAUACGACAUUAAGAAUCCAGCACCAUGGCAACAGUCGCAGCAAAUAUGGAAGCCAUUUCCAAAUUCACCAAAACCGUACACAGCGAUACGUACGAAUACAUAUCUCCUAAGAAAUUAGACCUUUCCGGAAGAUCCGUAUUCAUAACUGGCGCAUCCAAGGGCGUUGGAAAGGAAACCGCACUCAGUUUUGCGACAGCCGGUUGUAGCAAGAUAGGCAUUGGUGCUCGGUCUGACCUGUCGGAUGUGGUGGCUGAGAUAAAGGAAGCAGCGAAAAAGGCUGGUCGCACAGAUGAGCCCCAAGUUGUCAGCGUGAGGCUUGAUGUGACGUCAGAGGACAGCGUCGAGGCAGCUGCAAAGAUUAUCUCGAAUGAAUUUGACGGAAAGUUGGAUAUACUUAUCAACAAUGCUGGCUACUUACCAGAGUGGCUGGAAGUCAGCGCGUCCAAAACGAACGAGUGGUGGAUGACGUACGAGGUUAACGUCAAGGGGGUCUACCUGUGUAGCAAACACUUUAUACCACUGCUUCUCAAAGGAGACCUCAAGACCAACGUCCUCACGACGAGUGCUGGCGCUAUCGCAGUUAUACCUAGCGCUUCGGCCUACCAAUCUACCAAGUUCGUGGUAUGUCGGCUGGCAGAAUUCAUAGCAGCGGAAUACCAAGAUCAGGGCCUGGUUUGCUUCGCGCUUCAUCCCGGCGGCAUCAAGACAGAGUUGGCGUGCAAUAUGCCCGAAUUCAUGCAUAAAAUCCUGGUUGACGAGCCCCAACUUCCGGGAGAUUCUGUCGUAUGGCUAACUGCGGAGAACCGCCCAUGGCUGAAUGGUAGAUUUGUCAAUUCCAGAUGGGAUAUGGAGGAGCUUGAGGCCAGGAAGGACGAUAUAGUGAAGCAAGACUUACUGAAGUUUAGAUUGACGACGUCGAUCUAGUUUUUUCAUAGAGGAAAUCGAUGAAGGGUACGGAAGUAUAAUGUAAAGUAGGAUACUCUCUAUAAUUGAACGCCUUUAUCUGAGG